UCAAAAUGUAAACAAAUAGGAAAAAAGUGUAAAUUUAUAUGAAUUUUUUUCAUUAUAAUGUUAGAAUUGCAAUUUUAAAGUAUCUCGAAAGCAACAAAGAGUUAAAGAACUGAUGUUUUUGGAAAAGCCAGUAGUUUACGAUCAUUUAUUAUGAUAUGACAGCAGGAACGCUCGCAAAGAAUCACUAUAGAAUGACUAAGCAAAUUUAUUUAGAAAGCGAAAGAUCCAGAGAAAAAUUGUGCAUCCAGUUCUUUUCCCACGUAGGAACUUGAACUUUUGUGCUUUCUUUUAAUUAUGAGCAUUAAGAGAUCUAUGAAUAUGGAUCCUCUUUCACCUGGUCCUUGCUUGGAUAUUAGUGACGAUGAACUUGUUUCAAUAUCAGUUCGUGAUUUAAAUCGUCAACUGAAACUUCGAGGUUUGUCUCGUGAGGAAAUUGUUCGUAUGAAACAGCGUCGACGUACAUUAAAAAAUCGAGGUUAUGCAGCGAGUUGUCGUAUUAAGAGAAUCGAACAAAAGGACGAAUUGGAAACGGAAAAAACUCAGGAAUAUCGUGACAUGGAAGCAAUGCAGGACGAUAACAAUAGAAUGCGAGAGGAAGUUGAAUCAUGGCAUUCAAAAUAUUUAGCAUUAAAAAAAUUCGCAUUACAUGAGAAAAUUCACAUUCCACCUGAAUUGGAAACAAUAUAAAUUUAUUCUUUUUAUUUAAAGUAUUAAGCUAAGGGUAGAAAAUUAUAGAAAACUUAUAAUUAUACCGAACUAAUGGAUAUAUUGUUACUUUCUUACAUAAGGAUUUUAAAUUUUCAAUUAAGAUGUAUGUAAUUUACAAUGUGACUUUACGAUUAAGUGAAAUUAAAUCUAAACUGAUAUUUCAAA